AUGACGUUCGCGGUGAAGGACCUGUUCGAUGUGCAGGGGGAGCCAACGGGCAACGGGAACCCUACGUGGCUCGCCACGCACGAUGCUGCCGCGUCGACGGCGCCGGCGGUCGAGGCCUGUCUACGGGCAGGGGCGAAGAUGGCAGGCAAGACGCACAUGGACGAGCUCGCGUACUCUCUGAACGGCGAGAACGUCCACUACGGCACGCCUGUCAACCCGGCCGCCCCCGGCCGCGUGCCCGGGGGGUCGUCCUCCGGAUCGGCCGCCGUGACGGCCACGGGCGACGUCACCUUCGCGCUCGGGAGCGACACCGCGGGCUCCGUGCGCAUCCCGGCGAGCUACUGCGGUAUCUGGGGCUUCCGCCCCACGUGGGGCCGGGCGUCGCUCGAGUGCGCGCGGCCGCUCGCGCAGUCCUUCGACACGUGCGGGUGGUUCGCGAGGGACGCUGCGACGCUCGCGGCCGUCGGCGGCGUCCUCCUCCCCACGGGGUCGCCCGGCAGGAGACCUGCGAGCCUGGCGCGGUGGUUGGUGGCGCGCGACGCGUUCGGGGGGCUGUGCACGCAGGAGACCGCGCAGGCGAUCUAUGACGGACUGCAGGGAGACGUUGGAAGGGGCGUGAGGGAGGUGCUGGGGGACCCACAGGAGGUGGACCUGGCGUCAGGGGGGGGUCUCGGGGGGCCUUCGGAGUGGUUUGACGUCUUCCGGGUGCUGCAGGCCGCCGAGGUGUGGGCGAACCACGGGGAGUGGAUCGCGUCCGCGAAGCCGUCGUUCGGGCCGGGCGUCCGCGAGCGGUUCGAGAUGGCGUCCAAGAUCACCGCGGAGGACGUGGCAGGUGCAAAGGCCAAGAGGGAGCAAAUCGUCGCUCACGUGGAUGCUCUGAUUGGCGCCGACGGCGUCCUGGCGCUACCUACUGCGCCAGGACCUGCGCCGAAGAUUGGCCUGCCGGCCGCGGAGCUGGAGGUGUUCCGAGCCAGGGCCCUGGCUCUGACGUGCACUGCAGGCAUCGCGGGUCUGCCGCAAGUGAGCAUCCCGCUAGCCAAGGUCGACGGCCUGCCCGUCGGUAUGAGCCUGAUCGGGCCGCGAGGGUCCGACGAAGACCUCCUCGCACUCUGCAGUCGGCUGUUCUCGGACGCCAGCACAUAG